CACAACGGAUCCUUUUAUAAAUAUCCAAGCAAAUACAAUAGCAACACGAGGAUUAGCAGAAAAUCUCAUAUAUAGGAAGUAAUACUAGGAUAGGGCCUCAAAAGAAGAAACAAAGACGUUGGUAACAUUGGUACAUACAUCCACAGACAUGUCGACGCUCCUUAGAUCCAUAUCUACUUAUGCGCAGAGAGGUCACUACUGGAUCCGUACUACUACUACGGCCUCGACUAUAAAGAGAACAGCAACAACGCCCAACACUAUACGAGUAUUCUCAGCAACCUCAUUAGCAAGCUGUCCUAUUAAAAAGAAGGUGCUCGACAAAAAAAUCACUGUCCCAAGGGACCCUUAUCUGCUCUCGGAAAAGAUUAUCAAAUUUGCUCGUAAUGGGAAGCUAGAUGAGGCUAUCACCCUCGUCCUCGAGUCGCCCAAGAGCCGCCAGAACGAAGUCGUCUGGAAUCACCUUAUCCAGGAAUCAUCCAAGUUGGGCAAAACUAAUCAGUCAUGGCAGCUCCUGAAUGAUAUGAAGAAGAGAGGAUAUAAACCGAAUGAUCGGACAUUCACUAUUCUUCUAAAUGCUUUAGCAAUCAACAGCUUUUCACCUAACAGUGUCUCCCGAGCUCAGAUGCUUUAUCAACAAAUGAAAGAUAGCGAAGAUACGCAUCCCAAUGUGGUACAUACAAAUGCAUUACUCAAGGUUUGCGCUCGUAAACCAGAUUAUGAAGCACUACAACAAGUUUAUGACGAAAUGCCCAAAGUUGGGCCAAAUUCACCGGAUGUUGUCACCUUCAAUAUCAUGAUCAACUCCUUUGCACGCAUGGGCGGAGAUAAAGGUUUUGAACAAGCAUGGAGGAUCUGGGAGGAUUUUUUGGAUGCCAAAACCAAACGUCCUGAUCAGGUGGAUCUGGACGGAGCUCUGAUUGACGCUCUUCUUUUGGCUUGUCGGGAGGCUAGAAGCUCAGUUUUUAUGAAAAGAGGAUAUCGGAUCGUAGGGUCACUAUAUGAUCUAAACUUGUCCUCAGGGGAACCUACACCCGAUGCAGAGAAGUUGUCGUCGCCAUCGCCGUCCAAUAUGACUUCACUCGAUAAAGCACUCUAUCCUAGUAAAACCCUUGGAGUCGGACCUAUUUUGAAAAUGCGUACCAUUCAACCUAGGACAGUGGAGCUACUUCUAUCUAUAUGCUCUAAGCUUAAGGAUUAUGGUAAAGCGCAGCGGUACAUGGAUCUCAUCCGAACAACCUACCCUGAUUUUAGGCCAGACUCGCAACUCUUGGCGUCUUUGAUGCAUUUUCAAAUCAGCAACAGGGAAUAUGAGAAAGCGAUCCAGUCGUGGGAUGAAAUCAAAUCACUAGGGCUAAGCCAUACUCCUGCUACAUUUAAGCAAGGUCUCGAUGCAUGUUUGAAAGCCAGGAAUUGGCCAAAGUCUCUUGAAAUAUUUUCAACAAUGAAAGAUAUUAUUAUGACCAAUAGGGAUACCAACCCAACACGCCAUCGACUCAUCAACCCAAUUGUUCAAGAAUAUGAUGCAUGGACACUGGUUUCGACUCUCAAAUGUGCUAUAAAGACCAAGCAUAUCCCUGAGGCCAUUCAGAUUCUUCAAGAAAGUCAUUGGACCAAAGUCGUCCGCAACCCAAAAUACCCACGUGCCAAUGCGGAUUUGGCAGAACUGGCUACCAAGAUCUAUAAUGCUGCAGUAAAGUCAGCUAGACGAGACUCCAAACCGACAGCGUCAUCAGACAUUGCUAAUCAAGAGCAAAACUUAUCUCAUCUUCAAGGAUCAAAGGACGUUGAGAAGCUCCAGAGAAAAUUGAAAGAGGCCAAGGACUUGCAUCAACAGCUUUCAGCCAUUUUAGCCGAGUAUGAUGAAAACAAAGCCCAAAGAGAAGCAAGGGAGAGGGAAGAGCUCCGAGACCGGAAAGUAGCACAGAGAUAUGAAAAACUGCAGGUCAAAUCUAAUGAUAAAGAUAAUACUUCAGAAAGAACAGAGACAAACAGCUGGAGAAGAAUAUCCGAGAUUCAUGAAGCGAGUUACAAAAGCGAAGGGACUAGCCGUUGGGAUGCUAAAGGGCGUCGGAGCAAUCGCGACCAUCAACCCCACGAGCGGUUUUCAGCGUUCACACCAUCAAAAGAUUUCAAGCGUGAUGUUUUUUGA